GACACGUCCGGCGCCGGGCUUCCGGAAUUUUGAAAAUGGCGGCAAAUGGUGACAGCCCGAAACGGAGAAGUUUACGGUUGCAGAGAGGGGGUGAUAAAAAUGUGACACCCGAUUCCCGGAGCCUUCAGGAGUCUUCCAGCGGCCGCCGGACAUCAGGCCCCAGAACUCGGCUGUCUGCUGGAAAACGGGAUGAGGUGGGGUCUGGAGGGGGCAGUUCUGACAAGAGACCCCAGGGGAGGUCCAGGGGGCAGAAAGCAGAGGACCCUGGUGGUAACAGCAGAGCUAGGGGCGCUACUGCAGCUGGUGAGGGGGUCACAUCAGGAGGCACCCCCGCUGUGCUCUCUACUGAAGACCCAGCACCACUACCCCCUGCUGAAAAACAGGCACCAGUACCCCCCACUCAGGAACAGGCACCAGUGCGCCCCGCUGACCACCAGGGACCAGUACCCCGAGCUGAGGGGCUGGCACCAGUACCUCCCACCGAGGACAGGACGCAGAGCACUCCGGCUCCUCCUGAGAAAUCCCAUAUCAUUAAUGGGAAAACGAUCGAGACAAGAAGAAGUCGAAACGCUGUCCAAGACAAUGGAAGUCCAAGCCGACUGGAGCCAAAGAAAGAUGAAGGAUCAUCCCCCUUUAUGGUUAACCAUGGAAGAAAUGAUGUGAGAAGAGCGGCGUCUUCCCAGGUGAGCAGAGGAGGAGAGCAAGAAGCUGUUGGAAAGAUCAAAGAUGUCACCCAUGAAGGUAAAGAGUCCUCCAGCACAAGAACGACGAAAGGUGGGGAGAAAGCAGGACCCUCUAUAGAGACAACUGAGAGAACUGAUGUGAAAGAGGCUGGCCCUUCAGGUGUCUACAAAGUGGGGAGCGGUGAGAACGCCGGGCCCUCCAGACAAAGCGCCUCAGGGGACAGAGAGAACGCAAACAGCUCUGUGCAAAGUCCAUCUAAACGUCCUGGACGUGGUACCAAGAGCCCUAUAAAGAAUGCAGAUCAGGGAACGUCUGAUACGGCUUCCAGCUCUGCUCCCCUGAGAGACAGCAAGGUGCAGUGUACCUCCAAGCCGCUGUUACAGGAGGUGCUGGGAAUGUGCGCCGAAUUCAGCAAACAAAUUUUGGAAAGCCAGAAUUACCUAAACGAGGAGCAGAGGCAGCUGGAGCACAGGAACGUCAUCUGGAACUUUGAAACAGCUUUUCAGGAUAACGUCUGCAUUAAUGGGCAGCCAUGGCGCGAAGCUCCGGACACAGUAUCUGAACCGGAUAUUAAAAUUCUUGAAGACCAAUUGGACGACGCCAUCGUAGAGACUGCAAUGAAAAGAAAACGACACCCAAGAAAAAUCCUGGGUCACUUUGUAAAAAUGCUGAAAGUUGAGCGUGAAAUAUUGAAUCACCACAAACCAGUUGUGGAGCCCAAACAGCUGAAGCUUGAUUCAACAUCUGAAUCUCGCAUGACGGAACAAACUGCUACCACGGCCUCCAUCUCCCAACAGAUUAAAGAAACCAUGAAGGCGCUUCCGGCUCAGUUGGAAAAAGCCGAAGGAUUUUCCCAAGUUCUCAGCCUCCAGCCUGUGUUGCAGUUAUCUCGUAUAAGACAAGAUAUCUUUUCCAGUAAAGUAGUAUUACAGGACAUGGCAAAGACUGUACCAAAAGAGUUAGAAACCACCCCACGUGAGAACGAACCUGCAGCAAAGAUGGCACCAGCGCUGAACAUGAGAAGACGGCCGAGUCCUUCAGUACAAAAGAGUUUGUACCCCCUGAGGUCAAAGAGGAAGAUAAGUCUUGAAGGAUGAGAAGAAUUUGUGGUCUGUGUAAUUUUUUUUAAGCCCGCAGGGAAAUACAUUGCUGACAUUUUAAUAUAUGAAAUGUAAAUUAUUAAAGGGGUUGUCAGAGUUGAAUGAAAACAUGGGCAGCAGCUGUAUAUGUGAUAAAAUGGAAAAAGAAGCCCUACUCGCCACUUCUGUCCCAAUUCCAGUGUCUCGCUGCAGUCCUCCCCGCCGGUGUUUCUUUUCCAGGCUGUAGAGGCGACCUAUGCACACCUGUCACUGCUGCAUCCUAUUGCUGUCUUCAUGUUCCAGAUGCUGCCAAGGCAAGUGAUUGGCAGUACGGUGACCUGUGCGUACAGAAUGUCACCACUACAGCCAAGAAGAUAACCUCAGCCCUGCGUGACGGGAGCUCUUCGCUGGAAGCGGCAGCUGAGAUAAGGAGGGAGUAUUUCUUUAUUUUAUUACAUUUAAAGCUGCUGCCCGAGUUUUU